AACACGUCUGCGAUAAACGCUGCCAGCGGAAUACUCCUCUUCCCCGCGGAGACACGCAGAAUGGACUGUUUGCUGUGAUUUGUUUUUGACUGAAGGAUUUAAGAGAGGCUCUUUUAGGGUUAUAGAGAAACAGAAGGAUACACGUUGACAAAAGACCCCUAUGAGGCUUCGAACGUGAAGAGAGAAAACUAGUAAUAAAAGCCAUAAGAUGGACCUGAAGCUACUUUUCAUGUCAACAUUAUUCGGGAUCAUUUGUUGCAGCAGCGCACAGCAAGAGGGCAACGAGUGCAUCAAAGCCAACGCUUUAUCCUGUGGCCAGUGCAUACAAGUGGGGGCUAAAUGUGGAUGGUGCACUGAUACAGAGUUUCUGAAGCAGGGCGAGCCGACGUCAGCGCGCUGUGAUGAGCUGGAGUCGCUCAAGAAGAGAGGCUGCGACAAGAUCGAGAACCCUCACGGGAGCCAAAGGAUCCUCAAGAACAAAGCAGUGACCAACCGCAAGAAAGGAGCAGAGAAACUCCGACCCGAGGACAUUACACAGAUCCAGCCUCAGAAACUCAGCCUCAACCUCAGAUCCGGGGAACCUCAGAAUAUCAAACUGAGGUUCAAGAGGGCAGAGGACUAUCCCAUAGACCUGUACUACCUGAUGGACCUUUCCUACUCCAUGAAGGAUGACUUGGAGAAUGUCAAGAACCUAGGGACAAGUCUGAUGAAGGAAAUGUCCAAGAUCACCUCAGAUUUCAGAAUAGGUUUCGGCUCUUUUGUGGAGAAGACGGUGAUGCCGUAUAUCAGCACGACUCCAGCCAAGCUCCUGAACCCCUGCACAGGGGACCAAAACUGCACCAGCCCCUUCAGCUACAAGAACGUGCUGAAACUCACCAGCAACGGGCAGCAGUUCAACAGUCUGGUGGGACAACAGCAGAUAUCUGGCAACCUGGACUCACCUGAGGGGGGGUUUGAUGCCAUCAUGCAAGUGGCAGUCUGUGGAUUUGCCGGCGAUGGCAAACUAGGUGGAAUCGUGCUUCCCAAUGAUGGGAAAUGCCACUUAGAAAACAACAUGUACACCAUGAGCCAUUAUUACGAUUACCCGUCCAUCGCCCACCUGGUUCAGAAACUGAGUGAAAACAACAUCCAGACCAUCUUUGCAGUUACAGAGGAGUUUCAGCCUGUUUACAAAGAACUUAAAAACCUGAUCCCAAAGUCUGCAGUCGGGACGCUUUCAGCAAACUCCAGCAAUGUUAUCAAUCUUAUUGUUGAUGCCUACAACUCUCUUUCUUCAGAGGUGAUCCUUGAGAACAGCAAGCUUCCUGAAGGAGUGACCAUCACCUAUCAGUCGCGCUGUAAGAACGGAGUGGUGAAUGAGGGAGAGAACGGAAGAAAGUGCUCUAACAUCUCCAUCGGAGACGAGGUAUCAUUCAACAUUAAUAUCACGGCUCAAGGCUGCCCCAAACAAGGCAAACCUGAAAGCAUUAAGAUCAAGCCCCUGGGCUUCACUGAGGAGGUGGAGAUCUUGCUCAACUUCAUCUGCGAGUGUGAAUGUCACAAGCACGGCAUCAAGAACAGUGACAUGUGUCAUAACGGCAACGGCACGUUUGAGUGUGGAGCCUGCAGGUGCAAUAAGGGACGUGUGGGCAGGCAGUGUGAAUGUCGAAAAGACGAGGUGUCCACCGAAGACCUGGACAAGAACUGCCGCAAGGACAACGGCACGGACAUCUGCAGCAAUAACGGCGAGUGCGUGUGUGGCACCUGCGAGUGCAAGAAGAGGGACAAUCCUGAAGAGCGCUACAGCGGCAAAUUCUGCGAGUGUGACAACUUCAACUGCGACCGCUCCAAUAAUAAACUCUGCGGAGGACACGGCCGCUGUGAGUGCAGGGUGUGUAUCUGUGAUGCUAACUACACGGGAAGUGCGUGCGACUGCUCUCUCGACACCUCCACCUGCUUAGCCUCCAACAAGCAGAUCUGUAACGGCAGAGGGAACUGUGAGUGUGGGACCUGCAGGUGCACCGACCCCAAGUUCCAGGGGCCCACCUGUGAGAUCUGCCCCACCUGCCCCGGAGUCUGUACUGAGCACAAGGAGUGUGUGCAGUGCCGGGCGUUUGGCACAGGAGAGAAGAAAGACACGUGUGAGAGAGACUGUAGCUACUUUAACCUCAUCAAGGUGAAGGACAGAGAUAAACUCCCUCAGCCGGUGCAGGCCUUCCCCCUCAUGCACUGCAAGGAGAGAGACGCCAACGACUGCUGGUUCUACUACACCUACGCCGUCAACAACACGGAGAAGGAGGUGCAUGUGGUGGAUGCUUUAGAGUGUCCGGCGGGUCCUGACAUCAUUCCCAUCGUAGCGGGCGUGGUCACAGGCAUCGUUCUGAUUGGUCUAGCUCUGCUACUGAUCUGGAAGCUGCUCAUGAUCAUUCACGACCGCCGCGAGUUCGCCAAGUUUGAGAAGGAGAAGAUGAACGCCAAGUGGGACACGGGAGAGAACCCCAUCUACAAGAGUGCCGUCACAACUGUGAUCAACCCCAAAUAUGAAGGCAAAUAAUGGACGUGGGUAUUACACGUGAAUGUUUGGGAAGGGAUAGGUUUGCAGAUAUCCUCAGUUUUCCUUUAAAUUGUUUAUUUUCUCAUUGUAUGUCAUUCUUUUAGAACAGUAUUGCAGGUCUGUAGCAGUAUUUUAUGACAGACUGGCUGCUUCUCAUCCCUUGCAAACGUGUACAGUUUGUAUAGUCUUUUUAUUUACAUCAGUUGUUCUUCUUUUAAACCCUGUGUACAUUCACACAUUCUCUCUUUUCAAACAGAACAGACAUUUGUGCCUUUGCAUCAAGUGUUUCACUUUAAGAUACGGUGCAAAGGGAUCCUUGAAUCCCACCCAAAAAUUGCAAAAACUCAUCAAAUGUCAUUUAAAAUCAUUAUAUGAAUUUUUGUUUAUAUUCUAUCAUGUUCUUUCUGCAUUCAGACUUCUUCGUCAGUCAUAUGUUGGCAUAAGAAAUUAUCUGACCAGUGUAUAUGCAAUUUUUUUUUUUUGCGCUAAUGUAAGUUUGGUUUGAUAUGCUAAUAAUCUAUGCAUAUUUGUUUACUGUUGGACGCAUCCAAAAACCUCUUCUUUAGCGUUUGCAACUUAUUUCUCACUUAUUGUUGCUCUUAGAAAACCAUUAUGGCACGUGUCUUGUGUUCAGCUGAAAAUAUCUGUGUAUUUUAUAUGUUAUGAAGGAUUAUU